GUAAAACACUCUCAUGAUGGCACGAUGCACGUUAUCGCAUAUUUUGGACAUCUUGGACAUGAUCUGAAAACGUCUACUUUCCGCAUGUCGUUGGAGGACGAGGAUAUCAUGAAAACUAUGAUUAUUUUUGGCAUUCCUUAUCGAACGGUUCGUUUCACUUUACCUUUCCUACUCGCGCUUUACAUUUACGUCUAG